AACACAGUCGCUCCCAGUGGCCAACGCUGGUUGAAUGUUCUUGACGCUUGCGGAGAGACUUUAAAGUUUCUCAGAUUUCCCUCCAUCACCGGAGCUGGUGCUUUGUGUCACGAAAAGGUUGCAAACCUCUUUAAAAGGAUACUUCGUGGAUUUUGCAAUUAUUUGUAUAUAGGCAUAUCGUGCGUAACUUGGUUAGAACUAGCAUAGACGUGUACAAUAAAUAUAUUUACGACUUAGAGGCCGAAGGCCGCGCGGGACAGAAUGGCACCCAAGAAGACAACAAAGAAGAAGAAGAAGUCAAAGGAGGAGUUAGAGGAAGAGCGGCGACUAGCGGAGGAAGCGGCACGGCUUGCAGAAGAAGAGCGGCUGCGUGCUGAGGAGGCGGAGCGGCAGCGUUUGGCUGAGUUGGAGCGGCAGCGGCUGGAGCUGCUGGGCCAGUUCCUUGAGGCGGAGAAGGCACGGCUAGACAUCGAGCAUGCCGACAUCGACCCGCUGCUGCGGCAGUUUGAGCACGAGCGGGUGCGCUCCCGCACCGCCGCCUCCGAGGCCUCCGAAUGGGAGCGCUUCCUGCGCUGCGUGCAGGUGCCGGCGCCCGGACAGCGAGUGGCGGUGGCGGAGUUCCUCAGCCGCAUGGCGGAGGCGGCCAAGGAGGCGGACAGCAGGGACCUGGGGGAGGCGUUCGUGGCGUGCGAGGAGUGUCGCACCAUGUUGCUGGAGGCACGUCAGGCGCUGCUGGUGGCGCGGCAUGCGGAGGGGCUGGCGGCCAGCGGGGGCGGCUGCAGCGGCGGGGAGGAUGCGGUGGUGGCGGCUGCGGGUCGGGCGGCGGGGGAGCGCGCGGCGGCGCUGGAGGGCGACCUGCGGGGUCUGCAUGGCAUCAUCAACAGCCGCAUCGACCGGCUCACCGCGGUGGUGCUGCAUCACGGUGACGAGUACGCGAAUGAGAAGAACGAGAUCCAGCUGGGCCACGUGGCGGGCAGCUUCAAGUGGGGCAUCUGGGUCAACACUGCCAAGAACCCGCGACUCAAGGUUGUGGAGAUGCCCCAGCUGGGUGUCACGCUGGACAUCCCAAAGCAGAUCGCGCUGGCCAACGUGGCUCUGCGCGUGCAGGCUCGCUCCGGCCCCGCCUCCGACGAGUUCUUCCUCCGCGCCUCCAACAAGUGGAUGGCGGUGGGCGGGGUGCUGGUGGUGGACCUACUGGCGCUGCCGCCGGGGGCCAAGAAGGUUCGCGGCUGGACGCUGCGCCAGGUGACCCCCCUCGCCUCCAACGUGCAGCGGGUACCCUACCCCAUCCCGCCCGCCGGUGCCGACCCACUCACCUGGCAAAGCGAGGAGGAGCCGCCGCCGCUGGGGGUCACUGCGCCCCUGCCGCCCGAGAUAGUGCUGCUGCAGGACCCGCUGCAAGUGGCCUGGUGGGACGAGGCGCACCAGAUGUGGAACACGGACGGAGUCAGCAACGUCUCCUACGACUCCGCCACCAACCACUUCUCCUUCCACACCACCCACCUGGCGCCCCUAGCACUCGUCAUGUCCCGUACUCGACUGCUGCCGUACAAGUCGUGGAACAUACGGCCCACGGGGGGUCGUAACGGUGCCUCCGCGGCCAUCACCCUCAACUGCGGCCUGGACGCGCCCAUCAUAAUUGAGGUGGGCACCAGCAGCGCCACCCUCACCUCGCCCCCCUGGCCGCAGCUGCAGUCGCUGCUGGGGGUGGCCAUGCAGCCGCUGGACCUGCUGCAGGCCCUAUCCGACCGCGGCGUGCACCUGCUGCCCGAGGACCGGGACGCCGAGGUGGCGGGGGUGGUGGCCAAGGAGCGGGGCACGGAGGCGGCCAUGUGCAAGGACCUGGCGCUGCUGGGUGGUGUGUUCCUGCUGGCCUCCUCACGCUGGAACCAGACCGCCGACCCGGGUGAGGCGCUGGCCCGCAUAUCCGAGGUGGUUGACUGGGAGGAGGGCGGCCGCACGCAGCCGCACCACGUGGCGCGCAUCUUCGACAAGGAGAAGGAGGACGGGGAUCGGCGGGUGCUGGUGGUGGUGCGGAGGGGCACUAAGGGUGUUGCCUUCUGCGACGCGCUGGACCGGCGCGAGGACUUCCCGCGGCUGCCGGGGGUGGACAGCGUGGAGGCGGUGCGGGAGUGCGGGGUCAGCAUAUUCGGGGAGGUCCACGCCAGCGUGCUCACGCUGCUCCGCGGCCAGUUCGCAGUGCCCGGCGCCUCCGAGUCGCCCCUCACACUGCGCCUGUCCGCGCUGCCCUCCAGCCUGGACCUGGUGCGCACCACCUCACCGCUCUUCACGGCGACGCUGGCGGAUACCAUGCUGGCACUGCGGCUGUUCAGCUUCAGCUAGGGGAUAGAACGAUAAAUAGGGAUACAUAUUCAGCUGGGGGAGGGCAGGAGGAGAAGGGCUGAUCCGGUUUGGCUAAGUGGGGGGGGGAGGAGGCGGUGAGGGGAGGGGAGGGUAAGAGGGGGAAGAAGAAGGCCAAGUUAGUGUCGAUACCGGUAGUGGUGAUCCGAGGAGGGGCUGUAGGGGUUUAAAGAGGCUGCGGAAGCUACCGGUAUGCCGGCUGUACAUUUUUGUGGGGCCUGGCGGUCGGUGGACUGAAAUGGCGUGACUCGGUGACUGGCCAUGAAUGGGAUUCUGUUGGUAAUGUGUUUGCGGCGGUGGUGGGCGAGGCAUAUCUGGAUGGGACUUGCCAAAGGCCUGUGUUGGGAAGCUGCAGGUGUCGCUUGCUGAAUUGCGGGACAUGGCGGCAACAUGUCUGGCCUGUCCAUGCUUCGGAAGUACUGACAUGGCAGUCCUUACCGUGACCGCACAUGCUUACUUAAAAAUACGUGCAUACGUGACCAUGGGCAAACUUUGCAAACCAGGCACGCAGUGACCAGGCCGCAUGGGCAGUCAUCCUGUUGGCCAUGCGACAUAACGUUUGGGCGUCUCCCUGCAACCCAACUAAAGGACCUAACCAUUCGUCUACUCACAUAUAGUGUUCACUUCGCAUUGCCUUGAUACAUAUCUGUGUUUGCAGCUGUCAUUAAACAACCGGUCGGAAAGCAUGUCUGUCGGGAUGGAUGGCUUCAGACCCUUGGACCACGCCUUUGGGAGACGACAGGGACUAUACGUUAUGUCGCAUAAGGUUAGGGAUUGCUCCCUUGCGUUGUUGCGGCUGUCUAGCUUUCCCUCGGUGCCUGCAGGUUGCGGUUGGCAACAUUUAGGUGUGGAACCCGCAGGACAGUAAACUCAGACGGAUAUAUAUGUAAUACCUCUUGUUUUAUGCAUUGGUGAAUGUACCUGUGCGCACCUAAAAAUGUUGCCGACUGGCGACUGCAGAAAAACCGCCUCCCGUAUUGUCUACCUUCGACUGUCGGUGAUGAGCAACAUAAAGAAAUGAAUAUGUGCCAAAAGCAAGCAUCGUUAUAGACACCACCCAUAUUGCUCACGACGCUCUACUGCAAAUCGAUAGGUUGCACACUUCGAUGGACAUAGUCUAACUUUUUACAAGCUGGCUGCCGAGCCUAUAUCUAGUAUAUAUUACCCUUAAAUAUGGCGCAAGCAGUCGAUGUUUAUGUUACUAGCGCGGAGCUAGAGGAAGCGUUAAAAGCCAGGACGUCAUGCAUGAAAAUCGAUCGCGAGGCGCUGGUGCCUGUGCAUUGCGUCUCCAAGCGGGGUAUCAGCACCAGCACCCUCUUCUCGGUACGGUCAAAGCGCCCUAUCGGGCGGGGCAUCAACGAUACCGAAAUGGGCCUCAUGUACGACAAGUUUGUUGGGCCGGGCAGCCUUGGGAACGCUGCAGUCCGUCAAGAGCAACACGAACGCAGCCGUUCAAUUCAAAGCAGUGUCUCGGCGGAUGGCGGCGGCGCGGCCUCCGUUGCUGUCGUCUCUGCGGCGGGUUCCGUCGCUGCCGUCUCUCGCGCACCGUCCAUUGACUCUGGCGACCGAGCGCCGCCGCCGCCGUCACCAAGCAUGGCGGUCGUCAUUGCGGCGGCGGGGUCGCUCGUCAAACAACCCGCACUCGACGCCGAGUACCAACAGCAAGCUUCGUCGGCGGUUACCAUGAAGUACAUUUCGCCGCACAUUGCGAAGAAGUACGGCAUAAAUCAGCACAUUCGACCCGCGUCGGCUGCAGCCACUGCAGCCGCUGCCUCCAAAGCCGCGCGAAUGGCGUCGGGUGUCGCCGCCGCCGCGGCCGCCGCGAUGGUGAGUGCAGAAGCCGGAACGUCGGAUCACCCGUCGCGACCGAUGUCGGGACACGGGCAUCGGCCGCCACGUCCGCCUUCGGCGUCAUUCAGUACGACAUCACGUGAUCAAGCACAACGUGCGGGUUAUUUCGUGUACUGCGGUCCGGUCGACGUACCAGCCCCCGGACGGUACACUCCGCAGUACAACGUCACUGGGAAGGUACCCCACGUGGUUAGUUGGGGCAAACGGCCGUCGAUGGGAUCUGACGGAGCGGCGGCGGUUGGCGGUUCCGGCAGCAUCAACCUCAGACGGCCCGGCUCGGCACCGGCCGGCGGCCGUUCAGCUUCCAUCACGCGACCCACAUCGGGCUCCAUUGUAGGCAACGUCUCCGGUCAUCACCAUCAUCGGGCGUCAGACGAAGGACCCAUGGGUCAGUCCCAACACCAUCACGACUCGCCGAGCCGUAGCCGCAGCAUCAGCAGUCACCAACCCCAUCCCAACGGAAACGCCAACGGUAUUCAGCAUGGACUGCCGUUAGACGGGAAGGCCCAACGGCAACAACGGCAUGCGGAGAUGUUCGCGGGGGCCCACCGAGUACACCCUCCCAAGCAUGAGAAGCCUCCCGGCAGCAGCGCCUUCCUUGUGGCGCCCCGCAAGCCGCGAUCGGGCAUGACGGAGGCUGGGCCCCUGUUUGGGGAGUACUACUGGGACGGCUAUGACAAGCUGACCUACAAGACCCCCAAGCGCCCCUCCUCCGCCUUCCACAUCCCCGCCGAGAUUCCCCAGAGCGCCAUGCGCCAGGCGGCUCCCGCGGGCGGUACCGGACCCGCGCUGGGGCCAGGGGCAUACAACCCGAAGGCCGUGCCCGCGACCUACACCGGACAACACGUCACGGCAGGCCACCCCCCGCUCGCUCGCACCCCCGAUUGGAGCCGCACCACCCCGCGCCCCACCUCCGCUCCCCCCGCCCGACCCACAUCAGCAGGCGCCGCUCAGCCUGCGUAUUGGGGCCCCGAGGACCCCGACGACCCGGCCUACAGCGACCUGGUGGCACUGCAAGCCCUGCAGGCGCGCAUGCAGCACGACCAACACCGGAGCCAACAACAACCCCCUCCCCCUCCUGCUCCUCCUCAGCAACCGCAGCAGCAGCAGUCCCCGUCCCGCGCUCGCUCCCACUCCGCCGCCAAACACCCUCGCCACCAGCACGCCACCUCCUCCACGCCCCGCUCCUCCUCUUCCUUUGCUUCCCCAGGCAGACCACAAUCCGCUCGCUCCCACUCCCACUCCUCCACCACCGCCUCCUCCAAAACCCCCACCAAAUCCCGUCCGCAGACCUCCUUCUCCCCCUCCAGAUCCCGUCCCCAAUCCGCUCGCCCAACCACCUCCACCACCUCCGCAGCACCCCCUUCCUCAGCCACGGGCGCCAUCGCCGCCGCUGUUGCCGCCUCCUCCACCUCCUCCAUCUCAUGUUCCCCCCACCACCCUAACCCACACCACCUCCAACCGCACCCCCAACACCACCCCCAGCAGCAGCACCACCCCCAACACCACCCCCAGCAGCAGCACCCCCAGCAGCCGCUGCCUGCGGGUCUUGCAGACUACCCAGGGGAGCCAGGUCGCUGGGGGGACACGCGGCCGCUCGUUUAUGUGGACCCGGCACGGCACGGGGAGCUGGGGUCCUCGGGCCUCGCGCCGCGGGUGCCUGGGGGGGCGUUCGGGCAGGCCACACGGCAGGCGGCGGCCAAGAGCCUGCGCGCCAUGUCGCAAUCCAACGUCAUCCCACCCAGCUCGGUGGCGGUACGGGACCUCAACGACCUCACCUACAACUACGAUGUGGCAGUGGAGUCGCACCGCCCGCGCCAACCCGCCUGGGCGCUGCCGCCCAACCGCACCGCGCUCAGCAAGAAGUGGGUGGCGGCGGCGGCAACCGCCUACCUGUGAGGGGAGCCCACUGCAGGCGCAAACAUGAGGGGAAAAGGAAAGGAGUGCAGUGCGGUGGCGGUGGUGGUAGUGACGGCGGUGGUGACGGCGCGGUGGUGAUGGCGCGGUAGCGCGGUGUGUGCUGUUUACAUGCGGUAACAUGUGUCGUGUGUUAAAAUAACUGGCCGCGACAACUGGUUGUGCGUGUCUGUGUCUGUGUGUGUGUGUUAAGAAAACUGGCCGCGAGUAGGAACGUGUGUUAAAAUAACUGGCGGCGAGUAGGAACGUGUGUGUGUUGACUCAACGGACCGUGUAUGUGUAUGUGCGUAUGGCAUGCGGGGGGAGCUGCGGGGUGUAUCUUGAUGCGGCUUUGAGCGGCUUCACAGGGGCGCCAGUAGCGACAGCGGUGGUGAGAUGACUGAGGAGGAUGACUACCGUUAUGGCUGCCACUCCCUCCUGGGUUGCGGCCAUUAAGCAGGUCAACAACGCUUUCAAUCCGUUUUCAGAACCUGACGACCAAGAAGAGACGGGUGCACGUUACAGAGCCGCAAGAUGGCGUGAGGCAGGCUCCGCCGCAGAGGCGAGAGUUGUGGCGGCGGCCAAAUGGAAUAGCUAUGACGAGUGGCCUGGGAACAACCCUGCAGGCGUCUCCCCUGGACGUCCCUGAGAGACACGGGAGGUGCCCGAGAGGUCUCAGCACUUGCGUCUCAGGUGUGGGAACUCGGAACCCUAGGGCGGGUGGGAACUUGGGAGUGCUCGUGUUGUUGGUUAUACCGGUAGUGUGUUUACGGAUAUGGCGCGCUCACCAACGGUGGGCAUCGCCGUGUACGUUGUACGUCCCGCGUUUGCUGUGGGGCUGUUUGUGGGGUGCUUUCUGGAGGUGGGUUGCAGCUUCUCCUGAGGCGUUUGGAGGGGACUGGGACGUAAAGUGUUUUGGUUUGUUGGUUUAGUAAUGUGGUGUAGUGCUGGUAAGGGUUUCCUCCAUCAUGGGUGGUGGAAGCGCUGGUGAGGGGUCUUCUACGACAGACGCAACAGGACAGGGGCAUACGCAAGUAACGCAACGCAUCAUAAGGUGCAUCCAUGGUACGGCAUAAUCUUGCCGGGUAUUGACACACGACCCCCCCCCACCCCAGCUAAAUCUGUAUGUAACAGUCGUUGACACACUCUUACCAUUACACACACACCCCUACAAUACGUCUUCUCACGAAC